UCGGAGUGUAGUACUACUGUCUAUGGUAGUGACCAGAUUGCGAUUAGCUUGCAACAUACUAUUUUGAGCGUUUUGGAAGGUGUUUUUCGUUGACGUGUUUCAUAAAAACGGUUGUCAAAGUAUAGUACUUCAUAAUGCCGAAAGGAGGAAAGAAAGGUGGCCAUAAAGGUCGUAUGAGGACGUACACAAGUCCUGAGGAGAUUGAUGCUCAGAUGAAAGCAGAAAAAGAACGAAAGAAGCGAGAAGAAGAAGAAGGGGCAUCAAAUGAUAACUUGGCAGAGGAGAAGCUCCAGGGGUCUGGCUCUGAUGACAGUGAAGAUGAAGGUAGUCAGAAAAAAAGGGGGUUAGAGGGUUUAAUAGAAAUCGAGAACCCCAAUCGUGUGGCACAGAAAACGAAGAAGGUGACUGACAUAGAGCUUGAAGGGCCACGACAGCUUUCAAGAAGAGAGAGGGAAGAAAUAGAGAAGCAGCAAGCCAAAGAGAGGUAUAUGAAAAUGCAUUUAGCGGGAAAGACGGAUCAAGCAAAAGCAGAUCUUGCUCGGCUUGCGAUCAUUCGGAAACAGCGGGAGGAAGCUGCACGGAAAAAAGAGGAGGAGAAGAAAGCCAAAGAAGCAGCAGCUGCAGCAGCAAGAGGAAUGAAUUCUUUAUCCCUAAAAUAAUGAUAAAUGAACAGACCAAUGGUCAUGCACUUAUGGACUGAUGCUGAAUCUGCAUUACCUGAUCUUGACUAUUUUUAAAGAAAAGCAAGGAUAUCCACUGUAGUAUAUGAAUGUAAAAUAUUGAAAGAUAAUGGAAAGAAAAGAACCAAAAGCGUUUGUUACAGACAUCUACCUUUCAGUUACUACACUUUUACUAUGGUUGCUAACAUGAUGCAUCUAUAUACCCUGUUUCAUUGAAACACAACAUAAAUAUUACAGCUUUUGGUGUAUUUGAACCAGAAGCCACUUUGCCUGUAUACCAGAUUAAUCUAAUUACUACUUAUAUUGAGGAAAUCAUGGUGGAAUUUAUUGUUGACGCCCUAUGGAAUGUUGAACGCUUAAGAACUAUGUUGGCUAUGUCAAUGGUACAAAUAUUGAAGUGAUUGGGGUAAAUAAAUGUUGCUCAGAGUUUUAA